CACCCCUUCCUACACCUUCCGGCGUCUGCGCAGAGACGUAAUGAAGUUUGUCCCGCGUUGCUGUCCGUCCGCUCUCAAGCUUUUCUGCGUACGCGUGUUCCCGGGUUCUGGGUGACGGUAAUGGCGUUCCUGUGUCAGCGGGACAGCUACGCCCGGGAGUUCGUCACCACCGUGGUCUCCUGCCAGCCGGCGGAGCUGCAGACCGAUGGGAGCAACGGCAAGAAAGAAGCGCUGAGCGGUUUCCAUGUGGUGUUGGAAGACACGCUGCUUUUCCCUGAGGGUGGGGGACAGGUACCAGGCUUGUCCCCUCAACCUGACCCACCUGAUGACCGUGGUACAAUCAAUGACAUCUCUGUACUGAGAGUGACCCGCCGGGGAGCCCAAGCUGAUCAUUUCACACAGACACCUCUGGCCCCUGGGAGCCAGGUUCAGGUCCAGGUUGACUGGGAGCGGAGGUUUGAUCACAUGCAGCAGCAUUCAGGGCAGCAUCUCAUCACAGCAGUGGCCGACAAUCUGUUUGGGUUGAAGACAACAUCAUGGGAGUUGGGGAGACACCGGAGUGUAAUUGAGCUGGACAGCCCCUCUGUGACUGCAGAACAAGUAGCUACAAUUGAGCAGUGUGUCAAUGAAAAAAUCAGAGAUCGGUUGCCUGUGAGUGUGCAAGAACUGAGCCUGGAUGAUCCUGAGGUGGAGAAGGUGAGAGGCCGGGGAUUACCAGAUGAUCAUGCUGGACCCAUUCGAGUUGUUACCAUUGAGGGUGUUGAUUCCAACAUGUGCUGUGGGACUCAUGUAAACAAUCUCAGUGACCUUCAGGUCAUAAAGAUUCUGGGUACUGAGAAGGGGAAAAAGAACAAAACCAACCUGAUAUUUCUGGCUGGGAACCGGGUGCUGAAGUGGAUGGAGAGAAGUCAUGGAACUGAAAAGGCACUGACCACUCUGCUUAAGUGUGGAGCAGAAGAUCAUGUGGAAGCAGUGAAAAAGCUCCAGAACUCCUCCAAACUCCUACAGAAGAAUAACCUGAAUCUUCUCAGAGACCUGGCUGUGCACAUUGCUCAUUGUCUCAGGAAUAGCCCAGACUGGGGAGGCGUGGUCGUACUACACAGGAAGGAGGGCGAUUCUGAGUUCAUGAAUAUCAUUGCCAAUGAAAUUGGGUCAGAGGAGACCCUCCUCUUCCUAACUGUGGGAGAUGAGAAAGGUGCUGGGCUCUUCUUACUGGCAGGGCCAGCGGAGGCUGUGGAAACCCUGGGGCCCAGGGUGGCUGAGGUCCUGGAAGGCAAAGGAGCAGGGAAGAAAGGCCGCUUCCAGGGCAAGGCCACCAAGAUGAACCGGCGGGCAGAGGUGCAGGCGCUUCUACAGGACUAUGUCAGCACGCAGAGCGCUGAGGAGUGAGAACUCAGAGUGCCCACUCCCUCUGACCAUGGAAGGAGUCUCUUGGACAAUAAAAUAAUGUGACUCAAAAUGGUUCUAUUACCACUUAAAUUUAUAUGACUAAUUUGUACAGAAUCCUUCAGUGUGCUUGUGUGAUUAGCAUCUGUUUGUGAAUAAACAGUUUUCUGAUUUGGUGCCUAUUAGGCAUAACCUACAUGAGUGGGCAUUAUGUUGAUGACAUGUGCUAAUUUGUCUAAGCCUAGCUGAAACCUUUGUUUUUUUGAGAAACAUAUUGUCUACAGAGAAUACAAGUCAGUCUAAGGCUUUA